AUGGGGCUGAUGAAUGUUCCCUCUCAGCAGUGGAGGCCUACCACACUGUGCCAUCUGCACUCCAGGCUGCUGGCCAGGAUGUGGAGUUGGACUUUGGAGAAGCAGUCAUGGAGGGACAACAAUCGGACCCCUUCCCUGUGUCUUAUCCAUAGACUUGACCACAUUGUGAUGACAGUAAAGAGACUCAAAGACACCACUAUGUUUUAUUCCAAGAUCCUGGGCAUGGAGGUCAUGACUUUUGAGGGAGACCAGAAAGCAUUGUGUUUUGGAGACCAGAAAUUUAACCUCCACGAGGUGGGAAAGGAAUUUGAACCCAAAGCCACUCACCUGGUCCCCGGCUCCCUGGAUAUAUGCCUGAUCACAAAGAUGCAUUUGGAGGAAAUGGUCCAGUGCCUCAAGGCUUGUGAUGUCAUUGAGGAGGGUCCAGUUCCCAUAACAGGGGCAAAAGGGCCCAUUAUGUCCAUCUACUUCCGAGACCCUGAUGAAGACCUGAUUGAGGUGUCCCAACUAUAUCUCCUCAUGAUGGAGCUCACUCCUGCCAAGUGCUGCCUGCUGUUUAUUCCACCCAACUGGUUUGACUGA